AGAAAUCAGCUCUUGAGCUUCAACACAAUAAGGAGACGUUAUUGUUCCUGGUUUCCCUUUGAAUUAUAGUGUUAGCAUUUCAUCUCAACUCACUUGGUAUCCCGUUUAUGAAUCAGGCAACUCUCGUUACAGGUUGAAUGAGGUGAUAACGACCGAAUCUUGAUGCACAAGAGGGCGUUUGGAGGACAUACAUACAUACAUUAGACUCGGCCCAACACCAAAUAUUUUAAGGUUAAAUCUGAUAAGACUAAAGGAAGGUCUUAGAAGGCGAUAAGAUCACUGAUCUUAUCGCCUUGGGAAGUCGAACUAAUUCACACUUUCGUCAAUGUAUCAAAGAGUGGAGACGGAGGUCAAAUUGGACUUGGAGUUAAUGGAGCAAUAGUCCUAAACUCGCCAUAAGAGUAAAGUCUUCGUGAGAAGAGAAACUUCACUUUGACUGUGUUUGCCACACUGUUUGAGAACGUUAAAAAAAAGUCCAUCAUUCUCCAUAACGAACCAGUACAAAAAGGCUUACUAAGACCCAUGUUUGGAUGGUGCGCUGAGUGUCUGGGGCUCGGAGGUCGAGGACCUUUUCAAAGAGUGGAGCCUCUGCACCAGCCUCUGAAAUCGGUUCAUCGCAACCUCCGGCUGAGAAGGACAGUCUCUUCGAGAGCGAAUUACUCAGACGAUUCAGAGGAGGAAGAUGAUGAGGCUCGAAUGACCAACAGAGAAGAACCAGAGGAAGUCUCGUAUGUCCACAGCAGAGGAGGCCGCCGCCAUCUUGGUCACCCUGUGGUCGUUCCCUCCACUGUGGUGAUUAAAAUACAACCGGAAUCUGAGACUAUUCACCGCCCUGACCUGGAAUCCGAAGAUUCCUGCGAUGGUGUGAGCAUCUCCCAAGAUGCGGAGACCACUUCCCAAGAUGCUGCUGGCAGCUACCAAGAAGCAUCCAGCACAACAAGCAAGAAAUGCGGCUACCCUUCUGCUUCGAGCAGCACCUCAGGCACCCUCCCGAACAGCAACAACACGAGCUUCGAGGGCAGCCUCCACACCCUGGGGAGUACAGGGAGCAACCCCAGCAUCGCCAACUCAUCUCAAUACGAUGCUCUUCUUGCCAGCCUCUCUGAGACGGUCUCUUUGCCUGAUCUUCCAGGUUCCUGUUCCCCCCGCGGGGGAAAGAGGCCGCUCAUCCACCUGGAGCGCAGCCACCGUAGGCCUAUGAAAUUCUUGUCUCCUGAAGAAGCUGCAAAGCCUCCUGUCCAGUCUUCGCCGACUUCGUCGCAUUUUUCGAUCUCCAAAGUUACAGAAUUUUCUCCCAGAGAGAAAUCCCAGCGGAGAGGAGGAGCCUUCGGCAGUCUAUUUUCUAGCGACGGUGGCGUGCAAUACGCGGGGGAAUACGCGACCGAAGGGAGCAACGCCCCCGUCAAGAUAAGGAGUCCCUACACGCUGAAGGCCAUAUCGUCCUAUGGCGAGCGAGUCGACACCAAGUCCAAUCCCGUGUGGUACUCCUUCGGGAGCUUAGUCGUGGCCCUUCGGUAUCGGGCCGACAAAAAGGCGUUAGACGUUGACAUCGUUCAGGUAACGGACCUACCCCCGGGCAAGGAGAAUACCCCUGUCGACUUGCAGGUCCGUCUAAAUCCCGGGCAACGGAAAAACUGGAUUAAGGGUAUUCAACCGGGGAUGAGACACGAUACGGAAUCAUUUACAGCAAAGACAAGCAUAAAGACCCGGAAACUGAUGGGUCGCUCCUUCAUAGCAUCGUUAUGGACAAACACGAAAAGACCGUUGCCCCACCUGGCAUUGGGUCAUGCCAUAGUGCCUCACCUCGAAGCUCAGGACUUGAUGUCGGGAGAAUGGAGAGUUUUCCCUCUGCAAUUUCGUCAAGGGUCGGAGUUGCAAGACCACUUGGGCAUGGGCUUGGUUGCCCUGUCCUGUUGCGAACGCAUUUUCGGGCAAUACACCUUUAGCGUUGACGUCAUGCAGUUGAGGAACGUCAGAGUGCAGAGGUUUGGCGAAGGGGCUGUCAAUUCGUCCAGAGCAAAGGCUUUCAUAUGGGUAAAGGCGGAACACCUAGUCGAAAACACCCGCAGGAAGUACGAGCUGCCCCCGACGGAGCUCCUGAGACCUGCUGGGUACGAUGAGUCUCAAGGUUGGGAAGCCAUCUCGAAAAGAAACUGCACGCUGAGGGUCAACGUUCCCAAGGACAAGGUUCACCUUUCCUCCAUCAUACUUGAGAUUCACGGAAAAGUCCGCCACAACCUCACCACUAAAGAGGCUCAUUUAGGCUCUGUUAAGCUGGGACCAGAGUUGCUAUUCGGAGGAGAAAACGCCGCAGCAAAGGGGCCGCUUUCAGUUUUGACCUCCGACGCAGAGGUCCCAAGCUUUGGGGAUGGAAGCGAUCACCAGGGCAUGAAGGACGUGCCCGGUGACCCUCUCGACCCGAGGCUGACUCACUGGGGUCAGGCUCUGAGGCGUCAGGCCAAAGUGGAAAUGUGGCAUAGAUUGCAGAUUUAA